GUUAAUCAAAUCCACAUUCGCAGCACCACCUGCCUCCACCGAUGACCCUAGCCGGAGCCUCCCGCCGCCGGCGAGCACCGCGACCCCGUCUCCCUCUCCUCGUCCUCCUCCUCCUACUCGUCGCCCCUCCACCCCCACGCGCUUCCGCGUUCCGCGUCCCGCUCCGCCAGGCCGCCACCCUUGUCUCCCUCUCCCACUCGCUCCUCUCCCGCGUCGCCGCCACCCGCGCCGCCCGUGGAGACGCCGCCGCGGCCGCACGCGCCCGGCGGAUCGCGUCCCUCCUAUCUUCCCGUGGCGCCUGGGGGCUCGGUUGGGACUACCUCCGGCACUACGCCUUCUCGUCGGCCACCGGGUGCGGCCUCUCCUGCGCGGCCGCCGCGUCCCGCCUCCUCGCCGCUGCCGCGGAGGCCUCGCGCCUCCGUUCCGCCACUGACGCCGCCCAGUGGAUGCGCCGCCACUACGUGGACGUCCGCGACGCCGCCGGGCUGCUCCUCAGCGGCCUCCUCGACGCCUUCUCCGAACAGGGGCCGUUGAGAGAGGUGGUGAUGGAUGUGAAGUGGGAGGUGGAGGAAGGGGAGUUGCUCAAGGAUUGCCUGGAGGUGGGAGCAAAGGACUUGCAAGGUUUGCUUGUCAUUGCCAAAGAUCUUUUCGCUGGUGCUUCAAGGGCUUCUUCACGACAUAGCGAACUCUGAGCGUUCAGUCACACACUACUGUCAAUUAUGGUGAGCACCUUGGUGGCCUCGACGGCGAUGCCGCGCUCGAAGAAGAUGGGGGCAGCGUGGGCGAACACCCGCCGGAACCCCCUCAGCGCCGCCACGCGGAAGCCCUCCAGGUCCGGGAACGUGCUCCUCGCGCUCCGCUCUGCCACCAAUCAGCGUCAGGCCUACCAGGCUCAGGGAUCAAGGAAACCCACCACCCUCGGCUGCGGGCGGCGCUCCGCUCACCGGAGAGGAGGGAGCCGAAGCCGACGACGGAAAUUCGGCCGCCGGGGGCGGCGAAGUCCGCGGGGCAGGUGAGCUCGAGGAAGGAGCCGCCGCCGGCGUCACCGGAUGCGACCGUCGCGGUGG